AUGGAAGACGAUGAAAUAAAAAGAAUAGACCUUGAAAUUCGGCGAAUAGAUAAUGAAAUAAGAAAAUUGAAAAACCGUAAAGAUGAAUUGAAUGAACGUAAAGAAAAAAUAAUAAAUGAUGCAGUUCGUCAGAAAAGUAUGGAAUUAUCUAAACGUGAUUGGAAUAAUAGCAAUUUCGCAUGGUCGAAAAAAUUGCAAGCGAAGUUAAAUGAUGUUUUGAAAAUAGAUAAGUUUCGAGAACAUCAGUUGGCGGCUAUAAAUGCAGUAUUAUCAGGAGAAGAUACUAUUUUAGUAAUGCCUACGGGUGGUGGAAAGAGUUUGUGUUAUCAAUUACCAGCGAUAACAAUGAAAGGUCUUACUAUCGUUGUUUCUCCACUGAUAGCAUUGAUCGAAGAUCAAAUACAUGGUCUUAAAAAAGUUAAUGUUAAAGCAGGAAUGUUGACGUCAAAUAAAAAUGAUCUAGUUAAAAUGGCUUGGGAUGCUUUAGACGGUAAAAAUGAUGACGUUAAUUUGUUAUAUAUUACCCCUGAAUUUAUGAAAAAAUCUAAGCGAUUUAUGUCUAAAUUACAAAAAUCGUUUAAUCAAAAACGCGUUAAAUUAUUUGCUAUUGAUGAGGUUCAUUGUUGCAGUACUUGGGGUCAUGAUUUUCGACCAGAUUAUCAAUUUCUUGGCUGUUUAAAAGCUAUGUUUCCAGGUGUUCCAAUCCUAGGAUUAACAGCAACAGCUACCACUAAAAUACUUGAUGAUGUACAAAAAAUGUUAGAUAUUCAAAGUUGUUUGAUACUUCGAGCAUCAUUUAAUCGACCAAAUUUACUAUAUGAAGUUAGAAGAAAACCCAGUGAUAAAGAUAAUUGUUUAAACAUGUUAGUUAAUUUAUUGAAGACAAGAUUUUCUGGUAAAUCCGGAAUUAUUUAUACAACGACAAUAAAAGAUGCUGAAACUUUAACAGCCAGUUUACGUGGACAUGGUCUUAAAUUGGGAUGUUAUCAUGCCAUGCUUGAACCAGAUGUUCGUUCUAAAAUUUAUCAACGUUGGAUUACUGGAGAGUAUCAAGCCGUUGUUGCUACAAUAGCAUUUGGAUUAGGUAUUGACAAACCAGAUGUCAGAUUUGUUAUCCAUCACUGUAUGUCUAAGUCAAUGGAAAAUUAUUAUCAAGAAAGCGGACGUGCUGGUCGUGAUGGUAAAAAAGCAACUUGUAUUGUACUAUUUAGACUCGCAGAUGUUUUUAAACUCAGUACAAUGGUGAUUGGUGAUAAAGUUGGUCUUCAAAAUCUCUAUAAGACUCUUGAGUAUUGUUUAGACGCAAGUACAUGCCGAAGAAGUCUUAUUGCUACGCAUUUUAAUGAAUCAUGGAGUAAAAAAGACUGCAAUGAAAUGUGCGAUCAUUGUACAAAAACUAAAAAGACUGAGACAACUGAUAUAACGGCAUAUUGUAAACACAUAUAUCAAAUAAUUGAUAAAGCCAAUGAAACCGAGAAUAAUUUAACUUUAUUAAAACUUGUUGAUGCUUGGUACAAUAAAGGUACAACAACUCAUCGAGUUUCUAGUGUUCCUACACCAAAGUUUUCACGAGAAACUGCCGAAGCAAUUAUUGCUUAUCUUCUUAUCAAUGGAUAUCUUAAAGAAGAUUUUGUUUUUAAUGCAUACGCCAAUUUAAGUUAUCUUAUCCGAGGUCCUAACUCAACCUUGAUAUCAGAUAACACUCAUAAAAUACUUUUUACUCAUGAUGAAGGACUCAAGCUUUAG